UUUGUUCCAUAUGCGUGCACCAUUUGUAUAUUUUAAAACAUGGAAUCCACUGCUUAAAACUAGUCUAAUUUCAUCAUGGAUGAUGAUUCGCAAGAUUAUUCAGAAACGUUUGAAAAAGCUGCUUCUCAUUUGCCAACAUUAGUUGGAGAAUUAGAAGAUGUCCAUCUAUUGUACUUAUAUUCCCGUUUUAAACAAGCGACAAUCGGUCCUUGUAACACAGAUAAACCGGGGAUAUUCGAUUUUCAAGGAAGAAAAAAGUGGAAUGCGUGGAAAGAACUUGGUAAUAUGAGUGCUUCACAAGCAAAAGAAGAAUACGUGAAUAAAAUAAAAGCCUGUGAUCCAGAUUGGGAUGUACAUAAGCCAACUAACUCUAGCACAUCCAUAAUGGGACCAGCUGUUAGUCGACCUGUCAUCGAUUGUGAUGAAGUCAAUCCUAAUGAAAGCAUUCUUUUUGAUAUAUGCAAGCAAGGAGAUGUAGAAAAAUUAGCAAAUAUGGAUGAAGACUUAUCUGUAGGUGACACGGAUGAAAGAACGUUAUUACAUUGGGCGUGUGACCGAGGCCAUUUACCUGUUGUAAAAUUCCUUCUGAAAAAUAAUUGUGAUGUAAAUGCAAAAGACAUUGAUCAUUCCACACCAUUACAUUAUGCAUCAUCAUGUGGUUAUAUAAAAAUUGUUGAAAUUCUGUUGAGUCAUGGUGCUGAUCCAAAUGCAAAAGAUAAAGAUGGUGACACCCCUAUUGAAUGUGCAGAAACCGACAAAAUACGUGAAUUAUUAUUAAAAAGUAAAGCUUUAACAUGAUUAAUGCUAAGUUAUGCAACACACAAUGACUUGAACCUAAAUUAUUGAUGUUGUGCGUGGGUUUGUGAAAAUAUAGCAAUUGCAUAUGCAAAAGUGAUCUUAAUAAAAGACUGGUAUAAGAACAGA